AACCAACUAAAGCCAAAGGUAACAUAUCCAUCAGAGCAUGAGCUCGUCCUUUACCAUCUCCCUCCCUCUUCUCUUCUCCAUCAAUUUGUUCAUCGGCAACUCUCACACAAGCGAAGCAGCACUUACUUAUACCGCCUUCAAAUGCUCCGGCACCAAACAAUUCCUUCCUGGUUCUACCUACCAAAAAAACCUCAAUGAACUCCUCUCAUCACUUUCCUCCGCCGCCAAUUCUGCCGGCAACAACAGCAGCGGCGGCGGCGGAUUCUCCAAUGCCGCUGCUGGCAGCCCACCAGACCAGGCCUACGGGAUCUUCCUCUGCCGUGGCGACAUCGAUGCCCUGACAUGCAGCAACUGUAUAAGCACCGCAGCCCAAGAUAUUGGCCGGCAGUGCCCCGGCAAAAGAACCUCCAUCAUCUGGUACGACGUAUGCAUGCUGAGGUACUCGAAUCAUCCCAUUUACUCGGUCAUGCAAACAGCCCCUGCGUCGACACAUGCGAACAGCUCGAGCAUCACAGACGACCCAUCUCGGUUCAUUCAACUCCUGAAAGAGGCCUCGGAGGAUGUAGCACGGAAGGCCCCGAGCAGCAGAUCGGGGAAGAAAGUGGCCGCUGCAGAGGCGGAGCUCACGGACUCACCACAGCUUUACAUGCUCGCUGAGUGCACACCCGACUUGACGCCAUCGGACUGCCGCAAAUGCCUCCGUUGGGCAAUCGCACAUCUCCCUCAGGUGACGCCAGGAGGAAGAGUGUUGACUCCCAGCUGCAACGUGAGGUUUAGGGAGGACCGCUUUUUGCAAUGCCACCGCGUUGGGGACUGUGGUGGCGGUGGGAGGGCCACCACCGGUCCAGCAUCCUUCUGCUCCUGCUCCGGCAACCGGACCUAA